GCCUCGUCUCUCAAUCAUCCUCGCGCCCGCGCAGCGUGAGCUUUAUCGGUCUCGGCCGUAUGGGCUCUGAGAUGGCGUACAACCUCUUCUCGCGUACACUCGUCGAAAGCGGUGGCAGUGCGCACUUUGUCGUCUGCGAUGCUCGCCAGGCUACUGCAGAGGCCUUCGUCUCGAACUUCACGCAGCAGUUUCCUGGGGCUCAUGUGGAUGUUGCCAGCACCCCCGCAGAGGCCCUCGUCGCUUCGCAGACCGUGAUGACCAUGCUACCAUCAUCGCCUCAUGUACGCACCGUAUACGCCGAGGCGAGCGGAGUCAUUCCUGCUCUGCGCUCGCUCUCGGAAGAAGACGCUCAAUCAACUAUGUGCAUCGAUUCUACCACGCUGGACGUUGACGUCGCGCGGGGCAUUGCAACAGACGUGCGUAAGGCCGGUGCUAGCGUUGUUGAUGCACCGGUCUCUGGCGGCGUUGCGGGCGCCAAGGCUGGAACUUUGAGCUUCCUUGUUGGGGGGACGAAGGCGGCCUUCGACCGUGCGGAGCCGACGCUUGCGCACAUGGGCAAGAAGAUCAUUCACUGCGGAUCGUCAGGGGCAGGGCUCGCUGCGAAGAUCUGCAACAACCUCGUGCUUGGCGUGCAGCAGAUCGUGGUCGCAGAAGCCAUGCUGCUGGGGCAGAAGCUGGGGCUGGAGGCACAGGUGCUCGCUGCGGUGAUCAAUAGCUCCACUGGCGCGUGCUGGGCGAGUUCGGUCAACAACCCUGUGCCGGCAGCCGUGCCGGACAGGUCUCCCCCAUGUGAACGCGACUUCGAGGGGGGAUUUGCAACGAGUCUCAUGCUUAAGGACAUGGGCCUUGCGAAAGAUAUUGCCGAGGCGAUGAAAAGCCCACUACCUCUUGGUUCAGCCGCUGAAGAGAUAUACGCGGAUGUGAUUGAGGAUGACCCUGAGCUUGCGAACAAGGACUUCUCGUCCGUAUAUCGCUAUCUGCGUUUAGCUGCGAAUCAGAAAGCGUGAGGUUGUCCCAAUGCUCAACAUGUACUAUCAUCGUUCCCUACGGAUGCAUAUUCACAGCAAGGUACUUUCCGCUAGUAAUGUCCGCCGGAGACGCCUUUUCCAGUGUCGUUGUUCUGCAUUACUCGACUAGCAGCGCGCAAUUCAAAUACGAACUUCAAAUGCGGAUGCUGC